UUUAUCUCCAGCUAAUUUGUUCCUACUGUCAGAAGAUUGCAGAGGAUCAAAAACUAAUUUAUUUAUUUACAAAACUUUAAAUUAUGGAAGAAAAGCGAAUAGAGAUUGACGUAAAUGGUCAAAAGUUUAAAAUUUCACAAGACAUUGUAGAUAAAAUUACUCUCUCUGAUUGUGAGGCGUCAAAAAUAUUUUUGGAUAAAAAAUCAACAGAGGAUAAUGUUGUCUAUUUCGAGCGAAAUGCAGGGCUAUUUGGAUCAAUACUUUGUUACUAUCAAGGUAGAACCCUUCAUGUGCCAACAGGAUUCUGUCCCGGGGAGUUCAAAGAUGAGCUCAAGUUUUGGGGUAUUGACCCUAAGCAUUUAUCGAAAUGUUGUAUGGGUCAAUUUAUUACAUUCUGUGACGACCAAGACGUACUACAAAUUUUAGAAAACGACCAAAUCAAGAAAGAACAGAAUAAGACUGAACUCAUUUCACGAAAGGAGAGUGAAGGCAUGUGGAAAUGUAUUCAGGCCAAAGGAUGGCUUGUACUUGAGGAACCUAGUACUUCUAUUCCUGCUAAGGUCUAUUUCUUUACCAGUGCACUGUUCGUGUUAGCAUCUAUAUUUGGCCUUGUCUGCCAGACACAUCCAUCCUUCAGAAGAAAGCUUAUCAAAUCAGAAUGGGAGGAGUAUUUUGGAGAUGAUUUCGAGGCUUAUAAAGGUCACUUCGAUGGAUCAAAUACCGCAAAUACAACAAUCCCACCACUCCCGGAAAUGGUCAGUACAAAGCUGGAUUUCUUAUACUAUAUUGAAUUCAUAACAGUGGCAUACUUUACUGUGGAGAUCAUCACUCGUUUUGUACUAUAUCCUUACAAGUACACGAGUUUUUUCUGCGACUUUCUGAACCUUGUCGACAUAUUCUCUCUUGUGGUAAUGUUUUCAAUUUAUUUUGCAAAUCUUGCAAAUCCGAAAGACAAAUAUGAAAAGUCUAUUUCUGACAUAAUUCAUUGUCUGCAGAUAGUUCGAAUAUUUAGACUAUUCCGAUUGGUUAAAAACUUUACCGGAUUUCGCGUGCUAAUGUAUGCCGUUCGAGCCAGUGGCUUUGAAGUCUUACUGAUGUCAAUGUUUCUGGUUGUCGCCAUGUUGAUGUUCGGAGCAUUUGCUUUUUUCUCUGGAGAUACGGCGUUCCCGAGUAUACCGGAUUCAUUUUGGUGGGCAGUUGUAACCAUGACAACAGUUGGGUAUGGCGAUAUGGUACCUACUAUCGGAUUAUCAAAAUGUAUCGGCGGCCUUUGUGCAAUCACAGGUGUUUGUUUGUUGGCGGUCAUCAUACCAAUAUUUGUAAACAACUUUGUCAUGUUUUACAACUAUUCAAAAGUAUGGCGAACUGCUUCGGAAAAUGAUUACGCAAAUGUUUCCAAGACGGUUCCAAACUCGUGUCACAAGAUAGUUCCGCAUACCAAAGUAACACCACAAUCUAUUUGACAUAUUUACGCAACGAUAAUACGAUGCGCAUUCUUCAUGCACCUGUCCAACAUUAUUUGAAACUCGUUUUGUCUACAAUUGUAUUUUAGGUACUUUCUGUUUAUCAUUUUUGUUAGUUGCAAAUUGAUACUAGUGCUUUAUUUGUGUAGCUUAAUAAAUUCUAUAAAAACUUCCUUAGGUAAAUUGAUCUUAGAUGGAUUUGGCAGUUUUUAUAUCAUUUUUCAUCAUAUAGCUUUUUAACUGUUUCGGUUCUUAUACACCCUUGUCUUUCAAAUUUUCAACUGUGAGCGUGUCUGAUGAAGGUCAAUUCAGAAGAUUGCUUCGGACGCAGGAUAUUUACAAAGUGCAGUGUUAAUUUUUAACUAUACAUGGUCGAUACCUAUGCUAGUUGAUUAUCAAUGCCUGGGGGUAUCAUCAUACCUAAUAUUGUUCCAUUUAUGUAACCAUUGAUUAUGAUACGUAUUGUUCCAAAGGCUGAUAGAAAGCAACCUGGAUUCUGAAUAAUGCCAGCUUAUUAGGAUAAAAAAAUGGUUCGUGUUGAGUUUUCAAAUUUUCCCCCCUUGAAGCUUUGAUACUCUUGAUACAACCGAUUUGAAAAGCCAUACAAUCAGGUUUAACCCACCAUUUUUUCUAAUAUGUCCUGUACUAAGUCUGAAAUAUGGCUGUUGUUAUUAAAGAGUCCGGUUCUAUGUAUGUUUGCGUUUGUUUUCUGUUGCAGUUAGUUGUUUUUGUUGUUCCGGUUUUUCCUCUUAUAUUUUGAGCGUUUCUCUCGGUUUUUGUUUGUAAUUCCAUAUUUUAUUUGCUUGUUUAUUUUGUAUUUGUUAAAACAUUAUUAGUUUUUUCUUUCGGCUUUCAAUACUUUUAUCUUAUUCAAUUCAACCUCCAACGAGGGAGAUUGUAAGUCCCCGGGACAUUCCUCUGACCACUUAACAUGUAUUGUAUUUACAAGCUGACCACACUGUAUAUGUUAUGCUUAUUCGUGAAGACCAUAUGAUGGCCUUAAUUUGCUAAAUAAACACUAUUUAGAGUUCGUUGGAAAUUAUUCCACAUACCCUGAUUUUAUCUUUUAAGAUUUAAUUAAGAUAUUGUUAUUUGGGAAAACAAAAGGUGUUAGAUUUAUACGGUUUAUUGACUGAUGCACA